AUGGAGCCAUCAUCGUUGCAACGCAAACCAACCCAAUUACUAGUGCCACCAUUGCACGGAGGCUUGCCUGAAACAUUCCAACUGCUUAGCAGGGAGGAGUUAACAGACAAGGAGUUCUUGAAGUUGACGAGGAUUUCAGCAUCAGUUGCACCAUGUGAGGUGACAAAAAAAUGGCAAGCCAGAGAAAUCAAAGUUCGGAUGGAAAAUGAUGAAGAGGGUAUGAAAGACAAGGAAAUGAAGAGUUCAGAGAAAGCAAAGGGACAAAUGGUGAAAGUUAAGUUAAUUAAUCCCCAUCCCACAACUUCAAGCAUGAUCAAUACCUCCACUACCACUUCUGGUGAAACCCUAAUAGAUGUUCAUUUCUCCGGUCCACAUGUAACGUUUUCCGACGAAAGCAACCGAUCAGACCCGCAGGCUAAUGUUCCCUUGUUACUUCAACGUUCAUGUGCUAGAUCAAAAUCAUUACUCUUCGAUGAGCUAUGUAAUUUUCGAAUGAGCCUCAAAUGGUGUGCACUUGAUCAUUCCUCUUCCAUAGGAAGAUUUGUAUCCUACUUCAUUUUCAUUUUCCUUACUAUUGUUUUCCCUAUUGUGAGCUCCAUCUCCAUUAGAGUCCCGUCUUCAGCACCAGCUGAUUACCCCAUUUCUUACGACAAGGUGGUGCAGAUUCCAGAGUCUGCCUUAGCUUUAAUAGCUUUCUAUACUCUUUUCCGUUUCUUCAGAAGAUACCGUCUGCGCCACCUCUUGUUCCUGGAUGACUUAGAGGAGGACUCAUUGUUCGUUAGACGAGGAUACUCACGCGAGCUUGAUAAGGCUUUUCGGUACCUAGCCUGCAUACUGUUUCCAUCUUUCUUUGUCGAAGUUGUACACAAAGUCAUAUUCUUCUGCACAGUCAAAAUAUCGUUACCUCAAAAUAUUAGUCCUGGUUAUGUUCCAUUGAGUUCCAUCAUCUUUGUGUUGGUUUUGGCGUCUUGGGUUUAUAGGACAGGAGUGUUCUUGUUGGUUUGUGUCCUGUUUAGGUUGACUUGUGAGCUUCAGAUACUUAGAUUUGAAGGGCUUCAUAAGUUGUUCGAGGGAUGCGAAUCCGAUGCCGGUGUCAUAUUCAGGGAGCAUGUUAGGAUUAAGAAACAAUUAUCCCUUACAAGCCACAGAUAUCGGUUCUUUAUCAUUUCCUGUUUGUUUACCAUUACGGUUAGUCAAUUCGGAGCAUUGUUGCUGAUUUUGGGAUUCGACACUGAGAAGAAUUUCUUCAAUUCCGGAGACCUUGUGAUCUGUUCAGCAGUUCAGCUAAGUGGCUUCUUCUUAUGUUUACUUGGAGCUGCAAGAAUCACACAUAGAGCUCAAGGUAUUGUGUCAAUAGCAACUAGAUGGCAUAUGACUGUUACAUCUGCAUCUUCCAGGAUAGAACCGGGGAAAGACCAUGUGCCUGCAGAAGCUGAUGGAACUCUAGCAUCCAAUGCCGGAGACAGCGAGUCCGAUUCUUCGGACAUUUUCGUUGCAGUUUCGUCACAGGAUCCAUAUUCUUUCCAAACUAGGCAAGCCUUAGGUGGGUAA